UCAUUAAGAUGCCUGUGUUUUAGAAGGUUAGUAUUGAUGAGCUGUCUGAAAGCAGACUUGUGGUCUUGGCUCACUGCUCUGCGAGCAGGCAAAUGCCAGCCGAGACAAUGGCAGUGUCAUCAAAGUUCUGCUGACGUCUUCCUGCUCCUGAAACUCCUGCCACCUGUCAGCUAAAGAUAUGAAGCGAGUGGCAGAUUCCCAGCGACUGGACACAAGCAGGUGACAUCUGUCAAUUAUACUGGAUUUACCAUGGACCUGUUUACUGCCUGAGGUGACAGACAUAGGCUUAAUGUGGUGACAAUGGAUUCCUUAUUCCUAUUCUUGGAGCUAUUUUUAUUUAACAGAAGGCAGAGUUUGUUUCAGCUGGUAGCGAAAUAUACUUUCCAAUUUGUACACAAUGUUUCUUGCUCGGUUUAAUCUGGUUAAAUCCACCAAAUGACCACACGGUUUCAUGGCACGCAGUACAAACACGAUGAGGUCUGCAGAUUGUGCUAUAUUUGACCUUUGCACCCUAUUCAGUCACUAAUAAAUUCAUUACUGCCAUAAGGUCCAAACAACUUAUGACCUUGAUCUAGAAUACAGCCAUCAGGGCCAAUGUGUGGGCUAGAAAAUACUGUUAAAUAUAAAUAUGCUGUAUCAGCACAUCAGAGUAAUGCUGUUGCUUCUAUUCCCUCAGUGCUCAGCUCAUGUGGGACAGGUCAAAGGUCACAGGAGGUUAUUCAUGUGAGUAAUAAAGGUGAAAUAGUGCUCGAUGAGGAAUGCCGUAUGAGUGGUCCAGUGAUGUGGAAAACUGCGAUAUGGGCCCAGUUUUUAACUGAAUGGAGCAGUAAGGUAUUGAAAAAAUUGCAAGCACACACACAAACCUUGAGGCACUAAUGUGGCGAGGGACUCAGUAGCCCCAAGAAAUAGAUUACAUUUCAGGAUAAUUGCCAAGUGCACUGCUGAUAAUGUUCUUUCCUCAUGUCUAUAGUGUUGUGAUGACUGUCGCUCUGCUGUGGGAACCCAGUGAGGAGUUUGUCUUUGAGGGCUGAGGGUCCGAGCGCUCCCUAGAGGUGCAGGAAUGUGACAGCAUCUGCAACAAACAACUCGGUAAGAGACGAGAACCUGUAGUGCUAGAAGAGGACCUGGGUGAGAAUCUACUCUGGGUCAUGGUCAUGUGUUGCUGGAUAAACGUCAAACAAACAAGGUCUCACCGUCAGGGCCGUGCAUCACAGGCCGUGAUGUGGGUAGAGUGUAAGGUUCUGGAGGCUGGCUGCGGAGGCAGAAGGAGGUCCCUGCGAUCAACGGUCAUGAGACUCCCCUGCUCCUUUUGGUUCCUGCUUCUGUUAGGCGCUGGAGGUCUUCUUCUGCUGCACCUACAGGACCUCACAGAGACACUCCAGAAAGAACACCAAGGUGCAAAGGUCAUAUUCCACCAAGUUCAGGCCAUAAGAAAGGAAGAGUGUCCUUAUUGUCCUGACAAUGACAGACAGUCUGACCCAACAGAAGACAACUCUCCUAGACCUGCACAACCGGUGCAGCUUCCUGCCUUCCCAUGGGUCCAGCGUUCCUCUCUAAUCAACCCCAAAGACAUCAGCACUGCCCACGUCACAAAGAGCCACCGUAAACUGCUCCUCAAGAGCGGCCCACUUGUCCAGCAGGCUAACGCUGACCCUCCUGGCCAGAUCAAGGGGAACCCAGAGCGACUGACUCAGGUGCAGCUGUCCCGUCAGAGGCUGAUGAGGGAGGUCUGUGCCAAAUACACAAGUGGAACCACCAAACAGACUAUAACCCGCAUGCACGUGUCCCGUGUCUUUGUGGAGGACAAGCACAAACUCCUCUACUGCGAGGUGCCCAAGGCGGGCUGCUCCAACUGGAAGAGGGUGCUCAUGGUGCUUCAAGGCCUCGCUUCUUCCACUGGAGAGAUCCAACACGACGAGGUGCAUUAUGGGAAUCAUCUUAAGCGUCUAGACUCGUUCGAUCAAAAGGGCAUCGUUCGUCGUCUGAAGACCUACACCAAAGUCCUCUUCCUGAGGGAACCUUUCGAAAGGCUAGUGUCUGCUUUUCGGGACAAGUUCGAAAGCCCGAACUCGUACUAUCACCCAGUGUUCGGGAAGCCCAUCAUAUCGAAAUACCGCAGUAACGCGACGCAGUACGCCUUGCGAACGGGAGCUGGCGUGACCUUCAAGGAGUUCAUCCAGUAUCUGUUAGAUGUGCAUCGGCCGGUUGGCAUGGACAUCCACUGGGAGCCCGUAGGACAUCUUUGCAGUCCCUGCUUGCUGGACUAUGAUUUCAUUGGGAAAUUUGAGACUCUGGAGGAAGAAGCCAAUUUCCUUUUGAGAAGUAUCGGAGCUCCUAGCAAUCUGACUUUCCCUAGUUUUAAAGACAGGAACCCUAAUGCAGAAAGGACAUCUUUGGAUAUCACAAGGAGAUAUUUUGCACAACUAAAUGUGACGGAGAGACAAAGGGCUUAUGACUUUUACUACAUGGACUAUCUGAUGUUCAACUACUCCAAACCAUUUAAAGAUUUAUACUGAGGCUUCUACAGUAGUCUAACGAACUCUGUGUCGGCCUGAUGUUCACAUUUUGUCCCAGUGAGGUUAUUUUAUUACUGUCAAAUGUCAUUGUUUGUUUAAUAGCAAAUUUCGAUGUGAAAUAUUACUCACAUUCUCUAUUUAUCUCUGCAGGCUGGUCCUUGCGUUUGUCUUGUUAUUUACAAAACAUAUUCGAUUCUAUUCGGUAAGAAAACCCUUAAUGGGAUAAUCUGACCAAAAAAAUCUAAACUGGACAUCAUUUACUCGCUCUUCGUGUUGUUUCAGACCUGUUUAAACAAAUAACGAAUUACUGUGAAUAAUGUUUUUGUAGAAACAACGAAAGUCAAUAAGGCCCAAAAAAGCAUUGGUGGACAAAAACUCAAAAUAUAUCUUCUUCUGUAAAGGUGAGUAAAUGGUGUCAGAAUCUUCACUUUUGGGUAAAUUGUCCCUUUAUUGUGUGUGAUUUGUUUUUUCUCAGAUCGCCUAGAAUGAAUAGACUGUGCUAAGAUUGUCUAAAAGUUAUCAUGAUAUUUAUAUUAGUGUUGAAGGAAAAGUGUCCGAUCACGAGUAUCACUGCUCGAUAAAACACUGCAAAACAUUUUUCACGACGAGACGGAUCGUUGCUGGAUUGCGUGGUACGUCUGGUAAUGGUAAAAUCAGUUUUUUGGUGAAUGUAUAAAGAACUAUUCGUCCACAGCGUGUCAUGCAUUAGAGCAUGACCUGCUACACCUUUGCCUUACUUUCACAUUUCUCAUGUCAUGACGUUUUUUCUGUAUAAUAAAUGUAAGCACAAUAUUUUAAUGUAAGUAAGAUGACAUCUCUGACAUCGACAUUCCAGUCAUUUCCAGGCCUUGGUCACUAGUAGAGCGGUACAGUUGUCUCACCGCGAUCUUUUACCACCGUUUGAAGGUUAGUGGCAUCCUUUGGAUCGUUAUCCAGCAUAUUUCUCAUCGCAGAAAUAUCAAGCAGCACCGGAAGCCUGGCACAUGAGUUAAAAUGUCCGGGCCCGUUCUUAAUUUAAAAAUAAAGUAGAAGUAAUGUAUCACUACAGGGCGCUGAGGAAUGCUUACGUCUGAUUGGUCAGCGGCCUAAAAAAAAUGUGUGUAAUAUAAUAACGCUAUUUCACUACUCUUGUUUCAUUCAAACGCACCUGGCCUCAUCUUGCGUCUCAGUUAUUAACUGUAGUGAAAUGGGCCUUUAGAGGACGUGAUAUUACUGUAAUAUAUUGUUGCAGUGUUUGUCUCGUUUCCAGGCUGCCGUGCAAUGGAUUACAUAUAUAUAUGCAUAGCGAUUAUUUUUCUAUUUUACCCCAGUUUUGGAAACAAAAGCAGCAACCCCCAUCUCGCAGCAGUCAAAACUGGUGUUGAUCUUUACAUCUUGUCCUCCCACUCCAAUAAGUCCUCCGCCGCCCGGAGCAACUGCGGCUGUUUUAGCUCCACCCCCUCGUUACCCCCUCCUUAUCUCACAGAGCCUGGGGCUUUGACAUCCUGUUCUCUCUCACAAUCUACAGACUCAAAGGGCACAUCAAAUCAGCUACCAUUUGUCACGUGGACGACAGAACAAAGAAAAUCCCCAUUUUUCUUUCUUCAGCACCAAAAUCAUAUUUAAAAAGGAGUGGCGGGGGGGGGAGGGAGAGAGAGAGAGAGAAAAAUUAGUUUCUCCGUAUGAUUGGGUUUCGGAAUGGAAGGAGCUGGAGGCGUGAGAAUAAGCUCUGAACUAACUUUUACAAAUUAAGUUAUUACAAAAAGACUCCGGAAAAUCUAAUUACCAAAAGAAGUGUAGACAAAAUGCAACAGCAUCAGAAAUGUUGAAAGUUUCAGGUGAGGAGGUGACGCGCCGGACGCAGCGCCCCGCGUCCAGCAGAUGGCGCUGUGGUCCAGAGAGCAGCGCGGGCGUCGACUGAAAAAAAAAACCCUCCAAAAGCGAGCGUCUACAUUUAUUUACGCGUUCAUGCAUGUUGCACAGGUACUAAAACCGCCUCUCUUGGCAAAACGGUGCCUCCGAAGGUGCAACAAUUCAAUGCAUGAGCAUAAAAAAUAAGCGGCUGCAUAAUUUAAACAAUAUCAUUGAAAUUUUAGCAGUAUAAUUUAAAUACUAUUAGUGGUUAUGAAUUAACAAUGUUGAUAUUAAUGUUAAUAAAGUCCUACGGAGCACCGGGGCGAAAUGAGUUCGUGUGAAUUGUGAAAGUUUUUAGCUUUUAGCUGCUAUUGAUUACCGGGACGCUUUUGUUUUUCUGUCUCCGGGCGGUUUUAUUUGACUCGCUUGAAUAAAAGCUGAACUGUAAGACCAGGGAUAGUAAGUGUUACUGGGAUAUAUAGUUUUGUUGGCAUGAUGCACAUCAUUGGGAUAACCAUUACUCCCCUCAUCUCUCUGUAAAUUAAGGAAAUGAAGUGCAGGCGCUCGGGGCAACAUUCUAAGCUAUUUAAAUCUUUAAAUUUACAUCUUCCUCCAGCGUCAAGUAAUUGAACUAACUCCGGGCUUGUUCCUUUAAUUGAACAAAAAUAUCUUGUCUUCCUGCUGCUCGUCUGAUGUGGGAAACUAAUUUCAGCCAAAGGCGAGAGAAAUUCGGCUGUUAAGUCCAAACAGUUUGCAACAUAUUCCUGUGUACAAACAGAUUUGCUCUGCCGUGUUUUCGCUCGAGAAUGUGGGCCAUUAUGUCGAAGGUGAUAACAUUAGCUCUGUGCCAAAAGAUUACCGAAGGUAAUUGGAAAAGAAAUUUGAAAAUUCAAAUUUGUGACGAGAAAAUGAAAGGGGUUUUCACGACUAAAAACGGAACCGAAAUGUGCCGCCACACAGGCCUUAUUGUUUAUUUAUAGGAAUUAAUUUUAAAUUUGCGAUUUGUUUGUCGUACCAAACGUUUGUUGCCAAAGCUUCUGGUACGUUUUAUUUCCACCUGACGUUCGAGGGUAUAACCUUUAGAUAUUUUCAGACGUUACUAUCGCGCGAUUAUUAUUUUUUUAAAACCGGCGU